AUAAGCUUCCAUUUUGAAGCUUAUUGGAGUUGCAGAGCAUCAAUGGCUUGUAGAGUUCAACUGUCGAUUCCAAAUGGCCUCUGGUUCUCAUCGUCUCCCUUUUCCAAUUCCAUCAAUUUCCGCUUCAGAAAUCGAAUUUUCCUUCGCAAAACCUAUCAGUGUUGGAAUACCAGGCGCUACGGAGGAGCUCUCUAUUGUACUUGUAGCGCCAACAAUGGCGGCGGAAGUUCCGAGAAAUUUGUACUCACGACUCCGCUUUAUUACGUGAAUGCCCCUCCUCACAUGGGCAGUGCCUACUCCACCAUCGCCGCCGACGCCAUUGCCCGUUUUCAGAGGCUUCUGGGAAAGAAGGUAAUAUUCAUUACUGGCACUGACGAACACGGAGAGAAGAUUGCGACUGCGGCAGCUGCUCGUGGUUCCAGCCCAAGGGAACACUGUGAUGUUAUAUCACAAGCUUACAAAGCUCUAUGGAAAGAUUUAGACAUCAGUUAUGACAAGUUUAUCCGAACAACUGAUUCAAAACAUGAAGCUAUCGUUAAUGAAUUUUACUCGAGGGUUUUUGCCAAUGGCGACAUAUACAGAGCUGAUUACGAGGGAAUUUAUUGUGUCAAUUGUGAGGAGUACAAGGAUGAGAAGGAACUGCUAGAAAAUGACUGCUGCCCUGUGCAUUUAAAGCCAUGCGUGAGAAGAAAGGAAGAUAAUUAUUUCUUUGCCCUGUCAAAGUAUCAAAAGCAAUUGGAAGAAAAAUUACUGCAAAACCCUGAUUUUGUGCAGCCCUCUUCUCGUCUAAAUGAGGUGCAAGGUUGGAUUAAAAGUGGCCUCAAAGAUUUUUCCAUCUCCCGAGCAUCAGUGGAUUGGGGUAUUGCAGUUCCUAAUGAUCCUAAGCAAACCAUAUAUGUGUGGUUCGAUGCUUUGUUGGGUUAUGUAUCUGCUCUUUUGGAGGAUAAGGAGAUACCUGAUUUACAGCAUGCUAUCUCAUCAAAAUGGCCUGCAUCACUCCAUUUAAUUGGCAAGGAUAUAUUGCGCUUCCAUGCAGUUUAUUGGCCAGCUAUGCUGAUGUCAGCUGGGUUGGACCUCCCUAAGAUGGUUUUUGGCCACGGAUUCUUGACGAAGGAUGGCAUGAAGAUGGGCAAGUCGCUGGGGAAUACACUUGAGCCAACCGACUUGGUUCAUAGAUUUGGAUCUGAUGCGGUCAGGUACUUUUUCCUCAGGGAGGUGGAAUUUGGUAGUGAUGGAGACUACUCGGAGGAACGCUUCAUCAACAUUAUUAAUGCACAUCUUGCCAAUACAGUUGGAAAUCUUCUAAGCCGUGCACUCGGGCUACUGAAGAAGAGUUGCCAAUCAACUUUGCCCGUUGAUUCAAUUGCUGCAGCUGAAGGGAAUACACUCAAGGAUACGGUUGAAAAACUGGUUGAGAAGGCACGAUCUCACUACGAGAACCUUGCACUAUCCUCAGCUUGUGAGGCUGUGCUAGAGAUUGGUAAUGCUGGGAAUUCAUAUAUUGAUAAACAAGCACCAUGGUCUCUUUUCAAGAAAGGCGGUGCAGAUUUCGAAACUGCAGCCAAGGAUCUUGUUAUUGUACUGGAAGCAGUGAGAAUCAUAGCUGUAGCUCUAUCUCCAGUUACACCGAGCUUAAGCUUCAGGAUUUAUACCCAACUUGGCUACACUGAAGACCAGUUCUGUGGUGUCACUUGGAGUCAUACCGCGUGGGGUGGGCUGAAGGCUGGUCAGGUUAUGGCUCAACCACAACCAGUUUUUGCCAGGAUUGAAGACCAAAGCGAGCAAGAUGGUGGCAGUGAAGCAACUAAGAAAACUAGCAAGAAAAAGGAAAAGACACCCAAGAGUAAAAAAGUGGUUGAAGCAUAAGGUUUUUGGUGAGUCAAAUGUUCACCUCGCUGAUAUAUAACACCUAUACACCGAUGGUGCAUCAAAUAUUAAGAAAACAUUUUGUCCUACAUUAUAGAUUACUGUAAUAAACAUUCAAAGUUAAUUUUAAGAAAACUUUUUUGUCUGUUAUUGAAUCA